GUUACGUGUGGUUUGGCUGAUGCCACAUGUUGCUGAAAAAUGGAGGCUCUGGGGAAUCGCGAGUUUUGCUAACAAUAUAAAUCCAUCUGAAUCGUUAUUAACAAAAGCCGUGGAGGUUCCUGGUGGUUUAAAAGAAUAAGCCAAAAUGUACCUGUAUAAUCUAACGUUACAACGUGCUACCGGCAUUACGCAUGCCGUGCACGGUAACUUUUCGGGUACGAAGCUUCAGGAAAUAGCUGUUUCGAGAGGCAAGAUACUCGAGCUUCUUCGGGCCGACCCCAAUACCGGCAAAGUCUACACACUCUAUGCUUCGGAGGUGUUCGGAAUCAUUCGUUCCAUGAUGAGCUUUCGUCUCACUGGCGGUUCAAAAGAUUACCUGGUGGUCGGUUCGGACUCGGGAAGGAUUGUAAUUCUGGAAUACAACCCACAGAAGAGUGCGUUUGAAAAGGUGCACCAGGAGACGUUUGGCAAGAGUGGGUGUCGCCGCAUUGUGCCCGGCCAGCACCUUGCCAUGGACCCCAAAGGCCGAGCCCUCAUGGUGGCCGCCGUGGAGAAGCAGAAGCUCGUUUACAUUCUGAACCGAGAUGCAGCCGCCCGGCUCACCAUCUCGUCUCCCCUGGAAGCCCACAAGUCGAGCACACUGGUGUACCACGCUGUUGGAGUGGACGUGGGCUUUGAGAACCCGGUGUUUGCCUGCCUGGAAAUGGACUAUGAGGAGGCAGAUUCAGACCCCACAGGGGAGGCUGCACAGAACACUCAUCAGACAUUGACUUUUUAUGAACUGGACUUGGGUCUGAACCACGUGGUUCGCAAGUACAGUGAGCCGCUGGAGGAGCAUGGCAACUUCCUCAUUGCUGUGCCAGGAGGCAGUGACGGACCAAGUGGGGUACUGAUCUGUUCUGAAAAUUACAUCACAUACAAGAACUUUGGUGAUCAACCAGACAUUCGGUGCCCCAUACCAAGGAGAAGGAAUGAUCUGGAUGACCCUGAGCGGGGUAUGAUAUUUGUUUGCAGUGCAAACCACAAGACAAAAUCCAUGUUCUUUUUCCUGGCUCAAACUGAACAAGGUGACAUCUUCAAGAUCACACUGGAAACAGAUGAAGACAUGGUGACUGAGAUCAAGCUGAAGUACUUCGACACCAUUCCUGUGGCAGCCAGUAUGUGUGUGCUGAAAACCGGUUUUCUCUUCGUGGCUGCAGAAUUUGGAAAUCACUGCUUGUACCAGAUUGCACGCCUCGGGGAGGAGGACGAGGAACCGGAAUUCAGCAGCGCAAUCCCGCUGGAAGAGGGGGACACCUUUUUCUUCGCACCUCGGGCGCUGCGCAACCUGCUGCCCGUGGAGGAGCUGGACUCACUUUCACCGGCCAUGGGUUGCACAAUUGCCGACUUGGCAAACGAAGACACGCCACAGCUCUAUGUGGCGUGCGGCCGGGGUCCCCGCUCCUGCCUGCGGGUACUUCGGCACGGCCUUGAGGUCUCUGAAAUGGCUGUCUCCGAGUUGCCUGGCAACCCCAACGCCGUCUGGACAGUAAAGAGGAAAGCAGACGAGGACUUUGACGCAUAUAUCAUUGUGUCCUUCGUCAAUGCCACCUUGGUUUUGUCCAUUGGAGAAACUGUGGAAGAAGUGACGGACUCCGGGUUUCUCGGCACAACCCCAACUCUGUCCUGCGCUCAAAUAGGAGAUGACGCACUGGUUCAGGUAUACCCUGAGGGAAUCCGGCACAUCCGUGCGGACAAGCGCGUGAACGAGUGGCGAACUCCGGGAAAGAAGGCCAUUGUCAAGUGCGCCGUGAACCAACGGCAGGUUGUCAUUGCUCUCACCGGAGGAGAGCUGGUCUACUUUGAGAUGGACCCUACUGGUCAACUGAACGAAUACACGGAUCGGCGAGAGAUGUCGGCUGACAUCAUAUGCAUGUCCCUUGCUAGCGUCCCCGUUGGAGAGCAGCGGUCGCGGUUCCUGGCGGUGGGCCUUGCCGACAACACCGUCCGAAUCAUCUCCCUUGAUCCCUCGGACUGCCUCUCGCCAUUGAGCAUGCAAGCUCUUCCUGCGACCCCAGAGUCGCUUUCCAUCGUGGAGAUGGGGCUGGCAGAGAUGGAUCCAAGCAGCCAGGGCGUCCUGUACCUAAACAUUGGCCUUCAGAACGGAGUGCUGUUGCGUACUGUCCUGGACCAAGUGACUGGUGAUCUCUCAGACACUCGGACUCGUUAUUUGGGCUCCAGAGCAGUGAAGCUCUUCAAAGUUCGGAUGCAAGGCAGUGAUGCUGCGCUGGCCAUGUCGAGCCGUUCUUGGUUGAGUUACUACUACCAGAAUAGGUUCCAUCUGACACCCUUGUCCUACGAGACCUUGGAAUUUGCAUCCGGAUUUUCCUCGGAACAGUGUCCAGAGGGCAUUGUGGCAAUCUCGACAAACACGCUCAGAAUUCUAGCGCUUGAGAAGCUGGGAGCUGUGUUCAACCAGGUGUCGACUCCACUGGAGUACACUCCCCGCAAGUUUGUUGUGAACCACGACACAAAUCACUUGGUGGUGGUGGAAACUGACCAUAAUGCCUACACGGAGAAGAUGAAGGUCCAGCGAAAGCAGCAGAUGGCUGAGGAAAUGGUGGAAGCAGCAGGCGAGGGCGAACAGGAGCUUGCAGCGGAGAUGGCUGCAGCAUUCCUGAGUGAAACCCUUCCUGAAGCUGUGUUUGGCGCCCCAAAGGCUGGCUCUGGCAUGUGGGCUUCUGUGAUCCGGGUGCUGAAUCCAUCGGAUGGUCAGUCGCUCUGCAAGGUUGCCCUGGAGCAGAAUGAGGCGGCACUGAGUGUGGCACUGGUGCGCUUCACCUCACACCCAGACGAGCAGUUCGUGGUGGUGGGGGCCGCCCGGGAGAUGCAACUGAACCCGCGCGUGUGCCGAGGCGGUGGCCUGCUGCUGACGUAUCGGCUGGCACCCAACCCGGAGGAGCCCAUGGCCGGCCCCACUCAGCUGGAGCUGGUGCACGCAACGCCCGUCGAAGAGGCCCCCACGGCACUGUGCCCCUUCCAGGGCCGCCUGCUUGCCGGCGUUGGAAAGUGCCUGCGCCUCUACGACCUGGGCCGCAAGAAGCUCCUGCGCAAGUGUGAGAAUAAGUACAUCCCCAAUGCCAUAGUGAGCAUCCAAGCAAUGGGCAACCGGGUAGUGGUGAGCGAUGUGCAGGAGAGCUUCUUCUUUCUGCGCUACAAGCGACAGGAAAACCAACUGGUCAUCUUUGCCGACGAUUCAGUGCCCCGCUGGAUCACUGCCUCCUGCAUGCUCGACUAUGAGACAGUCGCCGGUGCCGACAAGUUUGGAAACGUCUCUAUCAUUCGGCUUCCCAGUAGCAUUAGUGACGAUGUCGACGAGGACCCCACUGGAAUCAAGUCCCUCUGGGAUCGUGGAUGGCUGGGUGGCUCAUCACAAAAGGCAGAUGUGAUUUCCAACUUCCACAUAGGGGAGACUGUGCUGUCCCUCCAGAAGGCCACUCUGAUCCCCGGUGGGUCGGAAUCCUUGGUUUAUGUCACACUUUCUGGCACCGUCGGUGUCUUGGUCCCUUUCACUGCUCAUGAGGACCAUGACUUCUUCCAGCACUUGGAGAUGCACAUGCGGUAUGAAAACCCACCAUUGUGUGGCCGGGAUCACUUGUCCUUUAGGUCUUCGUACUUUCCCGUCAAGAAUGUAAUUGAUGGGGACCUUUGUGAGCAGUUCAAUUCUUUGGACCCAUCAAAGCAAAAGAGUAUCGCCGAAGAACUUGACAGAAAUCCAAGUGAAGUUUCCAAGAAACUGGAGGACAUCAGGACACGUUACGCAUUUUAAGCAAGUUCUUUUUGCACAUUCAUUUGCUGCAAGCUUGUCUUGUUUUUUCACUUUUCUCAUUUUGUACAUAGCAGGAACAUCAAUAAAAAAUCCAACUUUCGGCAUUUUAUAGUUUUACAUAUUCAGUGGUUUAUAUGGUUUCAAAAACAAAUAAAAGGUAACACCAUU